UCCCGGUCAAACGAAUAUUACUGCUUUCAAAAUCAAAUCAAAAGGAAAGGAAAGGAAAGAAUGAAUGGAUCAAAAGAAAGAAAAAAAGAGAGAGAGAAAAAAAAAGAAAGAAAAAAGAGAGAGAGGCCUUCAGCGGCUGCCCUUCCCCGUUCCGUUAACUCUGCCUUCUCUGACCUGCCCGGCUGCCCGUCGUCGUUUUCCCCGUCCCCCCGCCACCUCGUCGGACGGCGAAAGGCGGCAAAAUGCUGCAGUGCAUCUUCCUCCUCUCCGAUUCCGGGGAGGUGAUGGUGGAGAAGCAGAUGGCGGCGCACCGCGUGGACCGCGCCAUCUGCGCCUGGUUCUGGGACUACGUCGCCGCCCACGCCGCCGGCGACCCUUCCAAAGUCUUGCAGGUUGUGGUGUCACCAACGCAUUACUUGUUUCAAAUCUAUCGUGAUGGUGUAACGUUCUUGGCGUGCACCCAAGUGGAGAUGGCCCCACUGAUGGCUGUCGAGUUUCUCUCUCGCGUGGCCGAUGUCUUGACAGAUUAUCUUGGAGAUCUGAAUGAAGAUAUAAUCAAGGACAACUUUGUAAUUGUAUAUCAGAUUUUAGAUGAGAUGAUGGAUAAUGGUUUUCCACUCACUACUGAGCCAAACAUCUUGAAAGAGAUGAUUGCCCCACCUAAUAUUGUGAACAAAAUGCUGAAUGUUGUUACUGGUAAGAGUUCUACACUUGGCAGCAAACUUCCAGAUGCAGCUGCUUCUUUUGUACCUUGGCGAUCAACAAUAGUCAAGGAUGCAAGCAAUGAAGUCUAUGUUAACAUAGUUGAGGAACUUGAUGCAUGUGUAAACAGAGAGGGGGGUCUAGUGAAAUGUGAAGCAUAUGGUGAAGUUCAAGUAAACUGCAGCCUCCCAGGUGUGCCAGAGUUGACCAUGUCAUUUGCCAACCCUACAAUUAUCAAUGAUGUUACUUUCCACCCCUGUGUUCGAUUCAGGCCUUGGGAAUCAAGUCAGGUUCUAUCAUUUGUUCCUCCCGAUGGGCAGUUCAAGCUCAUGAGUUACAGGGUUAAGAAAUUGAAGAAGACACCAAUUUAUGUGAAACCUCAAUUAACAUCAGAUUCUGGGAAUUGCCGUGUUAGUGUAAUGGUUGGGAUUCGAAAUGAUCCUGGGAAACCUAUCGAUUCAAUAACAGUGCAGUUUCAGCUGCCCCCUCUUAUUGUUUCUGCUGAUUUGACUGCAAACUAUGGUACAGUUGACAUCCUUGCUGACAAGACCUGUCUUUGGACAAUUGGGCAGAUACCAAAAGAUAAAGCACCAGCGCUCUCUGGAAAUUUACGUCUAGAGGAAGGACUCACGCAGUUGCAUACAUUGCCAACAUUUCAGGUGAAAUUCAAGAUUAUGGGAGUUGCCCUGUCUGGUCUUCAAAUUGAUAAGCUGGAUGUGAAAAACACACCGAACGCUCCAUAUAAAGGUUUCAGAGCCCAAACUCAAGCUGGAAAGUAUGAGGUCAGAUCUUAGGUGCUUUCCAGAGGGCAGCUGUUAUGUUUUUUCUUAAUCUUAAAAGAAAACAAAUGAUGCUGCGGAUCUGGCUCAUGGAGUCAUGGCCUGUUACCAAAUUAUGAUCAUCAGUUGAGGGUCCACAUCUAGUUGCAUUUGGGUUAUUUUAUCCUGUUCUGGGCCCAACUGCAUUUGAAGAGAGGUGCCAUUGUUCAGGUCAAUAGGUGUCCUGUUCCUGUUCUGGGACCUUUGCUGCACUUGAAAGGGAGGUAUCAUUGUUCAGGUCAAUCGGUGUCCUGUUCCUGUACAUGUACCUGAAUCAGAUUCUACUUUCUGGUGUAGUGGUGUGAAAGCGACAGAAUAUUGCGACUGUAGAUCUAUCUCGGGGACUUAUACAAGGUUUUGGAUUCUGGCACAUUGUUGUAAAAUUCAGUUGAGUUUAGAAUUUUGUAUGGACUCACCUUGCCCAAGAAGUAUCCAGAACUAGAAAAGCAGUGGUGUUUCUACUGUAAGUUUUUGUUUAAAAGUUUUUUGGGUUGUAAAGCAACAGUCAGGACAAUGCUGUGACAUUUCAGUUGCCAGCAAUUGUCUUGUACAGAAGGAUAAUUAGUCUUGCCGUCUGUUGUUUAUAUUAUUAUUAUAAGAAAGUUGUCUUUUUGUUAUA